CAGACAUUCACGGGCCUCCGACCGAGGAUUACCACCAUGGUCGAUCCUUUUUGGCUUUGGGUGCUCGGCGCGACGGGUUGCCAGGUUGCCCUUGCUUGGCACAUAAACAGGCCCAAGCGGAAGCUGUUUUGUUCAGCAGCUUUGCCUCGCUCGGAAGGCCUGGUCGGCCGUUUCACCUUCCCGCUUCCUUCCCCCCUUGGUCCAGCUCACCAUCAGACACUCCCUCGCUUGGCUAAAGAGGCUGAAGAAGGAGUCACGGGUCACUAUGAAGAUUAUGCAUUAGUAAUGGGGCCGAGGAUCAAGAGGAGUUGAGUGUCAGCCACCCCCAGGUACCAUGCCUCAUAAGACCUUCGAUCCAUCCACUUGGUUACCGGUCUUAGUCUCAAGCAUUGCCAAGC